AAUUGCCUAAUAAUUAGAUCAAACAUACACAUAAUUGUCUGAAUUAAUUGAAAAUUUUAAACAAAUUGGAGUUGAAUUCAACGAGACAGCAAAACAUAACCUGGUAAAAAAAAAUGUUCCUUGUUUUCUCCUAGCAUAAAACAUUUGCCAUCCACAGUUAUUAUCGACGCGGUACAAAAAAACCAGGAGCCCAACUCUCACAAAAUUACUAUUUGACACCCAGAUUUUUACUAUUUCGUCUCUUUACCCCUUCACAAAUUCAACGAAUAACAUCUUCGCACCGCGUAUACAAAGAACAACCUUUUCAAACCUUCUCUCUUUCAUCGGUCAAACCUUCUCUCUCUAUAUAUACCCCUUUCCUCUCUCCUCCAUUUCUCAUUAUCCAAUUCUCUCUCUCUCUCUCUCUCAUCUCUCUAUCAACAGUUUCUCUCUCUACAAUUUUCCACAGUUUCUCUCUCUACAAUUUUCCACUUGUACUCUGUUACUUGUUUCUCUUAAAACACCAACAAUCAGUUCAAAACCACAAUAAAAAUUAAAAAAAAUUAAACAAACAAUAUGAAGGGUUCAUUGUUCUCCGGCAAAAAUUCUCCGCCUUCUCACCGGGGUUCAACGCGCACGCGCCGCCGAGCACCACACUUUCACCGACACGAUGAUGGAGGAAAACCUAGAUGUUGCUGAAAGUAUGAUUAGGAAAUGGGAUCUGGAUGCACACAGACACGAGAAAUUCUCGCCCCUAUUUGUCGACGACAACAGAGCAGAAGCGAAGAGAUUUAUUGAAGCGAUUGACGGUUUGCGGAGGGCCAUGCACUACUAUGUGAAGCUCACCUCCGGCCAUGAAAACCUCGUCAGAGCUCAGAAUUUGAUGCAAAUUGCGAUCAAGCGACUCGAGAAGGAGUUCUAUUUCAGUUUAUCGGCAAAUCGAAAAAAUCUCGAUUCCGAAUCCGUUUCCGGCCGGUCCUCCAGAGCCUCGGCGAGGACUAGCGUUUCCGAUUUUUACGACGAUGAAGCUUCCGAAGAGGAAGAGAGCACCACGGCCACGCCGCCGCGUACGCCGCCUCGUUCUCCGCCUCGAGAGAUCUCGGAAGCUGACAGAGCUUCCGAGAUUGCAAUGGCGGAUCUGAAGAGCAUCGCCGAUUGUAUGAUUGCGUCUGGUUACGGAAAAGAGUGCGUCAGGAUUUACAAACUCAUCAGAAAAUCGAUAAUCGACGAGACUUUGUACUAUUUGGGGGUUGGGAACUUGAACAGUUCGCAGAUGCAGAAAAUGGAGUGGAAUGUUCUAGAGGCGAAAAUCAAGAGCUGGCUGCACGCGGUGAAGGUUGCGGUGAAGACGCUCUUCACCGGCGAAAGGAUCCUCUGCGAUAUCGUCUUCUCCUCGUCGGAGAAGAUUGCCGAGUCGUGCUUCGCCGAGAUUUCUAGAGACGCGGCGGUGAAUUUGUUCAGCUUCCCGGAGAAUUUCGGGAAGAGUAAGAAGAUUCUGUCGCCGGAGAAAUUGUUCCGUGCCCUAGACCUCUACGAGGCAAUCUGCGACUUGUGGCCGGAGAUCGAAGCCGUUUUCUCCCACGAUUCCUUAUCGGCGGUGAAAUCGGAGGCCACGGCGGCUCUGAUGAAGCUCGGCGAGGCGGUGAGGACUAUGUUGGCCCAAUUCGAGGCGGCGAUUCAAAAGGACUCCUCAAAAAUCCCGACCGGCGGCGGCGUCCACCCACUCACCCGCUACGUGAUGAAUUUCCUCGUCUUCCUCGGCGACUACAGCGGCGCGCUCUCCGACAUCAUAGCCGACUCUCCGGUGGGAUCUCAAACCCCCCUGCCGGAAUCCUACUUCCUCAGCCCAACCUCCGGCGUCGGCGACGACUCCUCGGCGGCGUCAAUCACCGCACGGCUGGCGUGGCUGAUACUCGUCCUCCUCUGCAAGCUCGACGGCAAGGCGGUGCUGUACAACGACGUCGCACUGUCGUACCUAUUCCUAGCGAACAACCUAAACUACGUCGUUUCGAAGAUCCGGAACUCCAAUCUGGGGCUCCUUAUGGGACCCGACUGGAUCUGGAAAAACCGGUCAAAGGUCAACCAAUACAUGGCCAACUACGAACGAAUGGGAUGGAGCAAAGUGAUCUCCUCCCUCCCCGAAGAUCCAACGGCCGAGAUUACUCCAGAGGAAGCAAAGGAACGCUUCACACGAUUCUAUCUGGGUUUCGAGGAGGCAUACAGGAAGCAAGUUUCGUGGGUCAUACCCGACCCGAAACUACGAGACGAGGUCAAAGUUUCUCUAGCCAAAAAAAUCGUUCCGGGUUAUCGGGCAUUUUACCGAAUGCAUAGAGGAAACUUCAAUAGGGAUAUUGGGGUUGAGUCAAUUGUCAGAUAUGCCCCUGAGGAUUUGGAUAAUUACUUAUCCGACUUAUUUUUUGCGGCUGCUGGCACGGGCACGUCAGUUUCGUACGGGAGUUAUCCGGAAUCUUCAUCGCUGUAUCGUGGCCGUUGAUCGGGUUUUCCGAAUCGACGGCUGCCGGCCACAGAUAUAUAUGUAUAGAGAUAGCGUUUAUUAUUUGCGUACAAAAUUCAAAGAGAAAAGGACUUUGUCGAGAGUGACCUUUUGGCCUUUGAGUUUAACGAUAAGGAGAUUCUUUUGAUUAUUUUG